AUGACUGGUGUAGUUUUACCCUUCACUCAACAACCUUUCAACUCACCACUUCCCGUUAUUCAACCUUUAGUCAAAAAAUCAAAUGUGAAAAAUGUUCCUUACGUUCCUCCUGAAAUCAUUCGUAUCAUUCUUGCUCUAUUAAAAGAUGAUAAGAAAACUCUCACCGCUUGCGCUUUGGUUAAUCAUACCUUUAAUCUUCACGUCACCCCCAUCCUAUAUCAUACCGUCUCCUUCUCAUUCCCUUACACCUUCACUUUAUUCGCGAAAGCUACCAUCGGUGAAUCUCAACGUUCCCGAAUGAUUCGUCAUUUGGAUCUUUCGGGUUUCUCCACCAUUGGCCUACAAAAGAGCAACGCAACAAUUCAGACCGUCGUUACCCCUGAAAUUCUCAUAAACAUCCUACGAUCUUGCACAAUGUUGGAGGCUUUCUCCGUUUCGGAAACGUUGGAAUCCGCCAUCACCUUUGAGGUCUUGCAGGUUCUCGCCUUUGAAUUAAAGACCAUUCAAACUUUGGAUUUUUGUGGUCUCUCGAGCAAACAAUUCGGUUCGGCUCUCGCCUCUUUGGCGGAAGUUAUGGGUCGUGUGAGAUUGAUUCAGUAUUACGAAAAUGAUGAUGAGGAACCGACCUAUUCGUUUCAAAAGGCGAAUAACGUGGCUUUAUCACAUCUCAAACGUCUUUCGCUUCAUGAAUGUCCUACCAUCUCGGAAUUUUCCACCAUUCUCACCCUUCUCGCCCACGCUCCAAACCUCACUCACCUUGAUUUGGGUGGUUGUUCUAUUAGUGAUAUGACCCUUAACUUCCUUGCCACGGGGACCAACGCCUCACGAACUUUAACCCAUCUGUUACUCGCCAGAUGUAAAAACAUUUCUUCCGAAGCUAUCGCUACCUUGAUAAGUCAAUGUGGAAAUUUAAAAGUUCUCAACCUUUAUGGUGACAGGGAUAUCGCCACCGCUAUUAGCGAAUAUGAUCUUAUUACCAUUUUGAGUUCCCCAUCCGCAAAACAAUUUCAAACGUUGGACAUUGGUUCAUCUCACAUCACCCCACGAGUUUUAUAUGCCAUACAAGAAAAUUGCACUUUUAAUUUACAACAUCUUGGUAUCGCAAAAGCUCAGAUCCCAUCUACUUCUCAUCUGAAUCAAUUUCUUAACGCGAUGCCAAGCAUUCAGUACAUUGAUCUUACCGCCGCAACGUGCUUGACUCCGAUCAACAUGAGUUGCCUUUUGAAUAAUUUACAAAAAGAUCAUUCCCUUCAUACCGUCGAGAUGAGCGAACCUUUACUCAAAAAACUUGGUGCCACCAAAGGAUGGAAGAUCAAUGAAAACUUUAGUAGAAGGUGUUAUUACACCAAAUUAUCAUCUGGAGGAAGAAAGGUUCAUCCAAGAAAGUUGGAUGUGGCCGAAUCCGGUUCGGACAGAAUGAGCAAAAUUUUCAAAUAUUAUAGUUUUGACGUGUGA